AUGUUGGUUAAUGGGAAAUGGAGGAAAUUACCCCAAUCGGAAGAUAUCAUUCCAUUAACAUCGUCAAAAAUGAACGAAAAUGAAGAACGAAGUAGUCUUCGUUUCAAGUGUUUCAUUAUUAUUCAAAUGAUUUUCGUUUGGACAGGCUAUACAGUGAUGGUGAGAUAUUCUCGUUCAAGUACACUUAAACAUUUGCAAUACUUCCCAACAACAGUUGUGUAUCUCUCGGAAAUGAUCAAAAUGAUAAUUGCUCUAUUCUUUGUCUUCCAAAUUAAUAGUUACAAUAUAAGUGAAUUUACAAGAUAUAUGCGGAAGGAAUAUUUUGGGAAGCCAAAAGAUUUGCUGAAAAUGGCUUUUCCUUCAAUCGCCUAUGCAAUUCAAAAUAAUCUUGAUUUCGUGGCAUUGUCAAACUUGAAUGCUGGUAUUUAUCACGUUACUACUCAACUUAAAGUGGUCACUACGGCUCUUUUCAUGAUGAUUAUCCUUGGACGACGAUUCUCUAGUAUACGAUGGCUUGCAAUUUUCUUGCUUUCCGGCGGUGUUGCUGUUGUGGAGGUUAGCAUAAACGAAAGAAAUGUUGCGGAGAAAAACGAUGAAAAUUACGUGGUAGGAUUGGGUGCUGUAUUACUCACAUGUGUGACAGCAGGCUUUGGUGGUGUGUACUUUGAACAUUUGCUUAAAGACGGCAGUGAGACACCGUUCUGGAUUCGGAAUCUUCAAAUGUAUAGCUGUGGCGUAGUGACUGCAGCCUUAGGAUGCAUUCUUUCUGAAUGGAACAGAAUUUUUACUAAAGGAUUUUUUUACGGUUACAAUAUUGUUGUCAUUGCUAUCAUUCUGUUCUUAAGUACAGGAGGGAUUUACAUAUCAUUGGUGAUGAAAUAUCUGGAUAAUUUAUGUAAAAGUUUUGCCUCAGCAGUGAGUAUCAUCUUAGUUGUUAUGAUUUCCUAUUUCAUACUGCACGAUAUGCAGCUGAAUUGGAUAUUUAUAAUCGGUUCCAUAACUGUUUGUGGAGCAAUAUUAUUGUAUAGUUCAGUACCAGAAUAA